UUUGUUUCAUAGCGUUGCAAGAUCUCAGACGCUCAUUUUCAUCUCAUAAUGUUAUUCUAUCUGCUAUUUGUAAUUUUUUGUUCACAGUUUUCCACCGCACAAGAUUGUGCUUCCCCUUCGUUCAACUUCGUAAGCCACGUGAACCCAGAGGAACUGGAUCUGACAACGCCUCCCGGCACAGUUGUUGCCAGCUUCCCAGUGGAAAACGUGAGAUCGGUUAGAGGAUACACUAGUGAUAAGGAUACCCUCUACCUCGACGUUAGGCUCAGUGGUACGGAGUUGCAAUUUUUUACCACAGAACACUUCCCAAAAUACGAGGAGCAGGAAAUUCUGCUACAGAUUCUGCUUCAGGCGGUCUACACUUGCACUUCCACCGAAAAGCGAGGAAUCUAUCGACAAUCGUUCAAGCUGGCUAACAAUCAUGCACCCAAGUUUCUGUUGGAUAACUAUCGGGCCCAAGUUCCAUUGCCUUUACCCAAAAACUUUGAUAUCUCGCCUUUCCUGGCGGAUGGUAAAGGUGUCGGGGCACGUGAUAUUGACCUAGUGAAUAACUCCGUAGCAUUUACUAUAACGGACAACAAUUACAUCUACGUAGAAAGCCUACCCGUUCAAGAUGAUCCAAAAGAGUUUAAAGCGAUCCUGCGAUUGAAAGAUCAAGUGUUGAAAAUGCCCGACAUACUGACCCUCACGGUGACGGCUACCGACCAGGGAGUUCCCCCGAAAGCUUCUCAGGUGAAUGUGGUAAUCGAACCAGAUAUUACCAUCAUCUACGACGAUCCACCGGCUUUCAAGGAAACGUUCGUCAACGUAACUAUUGAUAAGAAUCUGCUGAUAAAGCUAGAGCUAAUACCCGGCACCAAAACAGACGAUGUACAGUAUUCGGUAGACGGUCCGGACGCACACUACUUUAAACGAUCAGUAUGGAGCAACAAUACGGGUUUGGAUCUCGAACUAAUCAAUUUGGAAGUGCUGCCUGCAACGAAAGGAUAUCUCAAUAUUGUGGUAAUUGCACAGCGCAGCGAACUACAGAAGGCAACAGCCGUGAUCUUAAUCACCCUCCCGCAUGAAAAUGGUUCAGAAAUUCCCACAGAGCAGCACGUGGAAAAGGUUCUUUCCGUGUUGCAUCUAGAAGAAAUGACCGACCACAAAUCUAUAUUUCCGCUGGCGUUGCGGAACUGUAUUUACACAGUGGAAUCCCAAGAACCCGGUAGCUAUUUUUAUGUAGACAAUUCUAAAACCUUCCUAUCUUCCACUUCAUUUGAUCGAGAAGACGAAGAACUCUUCGCUGGUUUGGAGUAUCCCCAGUUUUGGAUUGUGUUAAAACUGGUAUGUGAUGAACUGAUACGGUCCGGUAUUAACGGCAAUUCCACAACUCCCAACGGGCCAAUGAGAGACAUCGAGUUUUCCACCGAGCGUACGCACCUCAAUGUGAUUGUUGAAGAUAUUAAUGAUAAUAGCCCCGUUUUCUCUUACCCGCAAAGUAACUCAUGCUUCGCAUAUCCGUCGGGUCAAUUAUCGGAAAGAAUCCUGCCUGAGCAACUGCUCAAAGUCGAAGCUACCGAUCGUGACUUUGGGCUUAAUGCCGUAAUACGAUAUACGCUCUCGGAUAACGAAUAUUUCAGUAUUGAUCCCAAAACGGGAGUUAUACAUCCACUGAGAACUGCGCUGGGUGCUGGGACAAAAAUUUACCUUAACAUAUUUGCUACCGAUCGUGAUGGGGCCUCUGAUGGAAAUACAUCAUCGAUGACUGUCUGUGUAGUAGGAGCUGCGGAAGAUCAGCUGGCAGUAAUGAUUGUAGACGAAUUGGAUCCGCCAGCGGUACAAGAAAUACUAGUUAAGUUGGGCGAAACAAAAGGCUAUACGGUCAGAACAUUGCGAAAUGUACAUUCGGUUGCUCAGCAGCAGAAAAGCAGAAACAGACAAUCAUCGACGAUGCACUCAUCUAGCACAGCAAUCGUGUAUGCCUUCGACGAAUCAUACCUAUUGUCUCACGCCGAAUUGGCCAGUUUAUUCGAGUCUUCGGAAACCAGUUUGCCGUCAGCAAACAUCCUGCGAGUAAAUGAAUUGUUUGCCAUACAACAACCUCCGUCUACGGAAGGCGAGUCAACCGUACUGUAUCCUUACAUCAUCGUAGCGGCGUUUUGUGGGGUCCUUGCACUAUCUAUGGCGGCAGCAGCGUUCUACUAUCGAGCCAAGUUACGAAACUCACUAGCGCAUGCUCCACUCGAUGGAUCGAAACGUUGUUCCGAUAACUCCAAUGCACCAAUCGUUGCACAUGUUGUGGCACCGACAAAUCCUCCAUCGAGCGAAGCGAUAAUCAAGGGUAGGUUGAAAUAAUGACCUUAGUGGCGAUGAGCUAACGAUUUCUUCUACUAACGGCAGAAACCCGACAGGAGACUUUCAGAACGCCCGUGCGCUCCCUAUCGGAUCUGCUAUCGAUCGACGAGGCUCCAGAGAAAGCAGAGGCAAUCAACUAUCCCCAGCCAGGAAUGAAAAAAAGUUUAACGUUCAACGAGAACGUGGAAAAGAUCGAAAUAUUUGAAAGAUUGUAACCAUAAGAUUACUCGCCUAACUUAAUCCGAAG